GAGAGCGGCAAGCGGCAGAGGCGGUGAAACUGCCGAGAGUGUUGAAGCAAUGGGAUAGCGAAGGGAUAGCGUAAGACAUCCGCACCACGCUCCUCUCUUCAAGGACUACUCUACACAAAAUAUUUAGCAUUUCUAUCCAGUGGUGCAAAAGAGUUAAAAGGACGCAAGGAACUGAUAUGAUCCUCUCCCUAGCUGCAACUAUGAGCAGCGGCGGCCUCCCCCAGAACACUACUUCCUCCUCGACCUUUGACCCCUCGUCCCUGGACCCCUGGCUUGACCCCUACCCUGACCCCUACCCUGACCUCCCCGGGGUUAACACCUCCUCCUCCUCCGACGUCCCCGGCCGCACCCAUACCUCCGACCUUGACUUACGACCUCUGACCUCACAACAGGAUGUCAGCCCAUGGGAUGUGGCGUUAUGUGUCACGGGUACACUCAUCGCCUGCGAGAACGCUCUGGUCAUCGCCGUCCUCUUCUACACGCCGACCCUCAGAGCGCCGAUGUUCAUCCUGAUUGGCUCGCUGGCAUUCGCCGACCUCCUGGCGGGUCUCGGUCUCAUCCUGAACUUCGUGUUCACCUAUCUCGUCGAGGGAGAGGUCGUGACCUUGGUUGCCACAGGGAUACUUAUUGCGGCAUUCUCGGCAUCCAUCUUGAAUAUCUUGGCGAUCACCGUGGACAGGUACCUGUCGCUGUACAACGCGCUGACCUACCACACGGAGCGGACUGUCCUCUUCACAUACCUGGUGGUAGGGGUCAUCUGGUUGGUGUGUCUGGUCCUCGGCGUCCUCCCCGCCCUCGGGUGGAACUGCCUAGACGACCAAUCAACGUGCUCAGUCUGUCGACCCGUCACCAAAUCCAACGCUGUUGCCCUCGCUGUCUUCUUCCUACUGGUUUUCGCGUUGAUGAUGCAACUCUACCUACAGAUCUGUCGGAUCGCGUUCCGUCACGCUCAGCAAAUCGCGGUCCAGCAUCAGUUCCUCGCCAUUUCCACGACCAAAGGAGUCCAGACGCUCUCCGUGAUUCUCUGCGCCUUCGCCAUGUGUUGGCUGCCGUUUGCUAUGUAUUCUAUCGUGGCGGAUUCAAGCUAUCCUAUCAUAUAUACAUACUCUACGGUGCUGCUGGCGGCGUGUAAUUCAGUCAUAAAUCCUAUUAUAUAUGCGUUCAGGAACCCGGAUAUACAGAAGGGGCUCUGGUUGGCGUGUUGUGGGUGUGUCCCGUCAAAUCUGAGUCUGAGACCUCGAGCCAGGACGUCCAGUGACGUAUAGGGAAGCAUUGUUCAUGGCUACGACCGCUCCAACCCCUCCCUCCGGCCCUGGACCUUCAGCAAUGUCUAGGGAGGGGGUGUAGCGACGUAUAUAGAAGGGGUGCAGGAUGAUGACGGUAUUGGAGGAGGUGUGGGUGUACGCCCUCCAACCUAGCUCUGUGACCCAGGGCCUCCAGCAAACCUGGACAUCCAGAAGAGACUGUGGCGGUGAGAUCAAGGGACAUGGUAAUGACCCCCCUAGGAUCUCCAGUGAGGGGGUAAGCUUUAGGGAGAGGACUCAGUGAGGUCAAAGGGCAAGAGGGAGGGUGUGGGGUGGUGACCUGGCAAUGUAACCCCCUUCCCAUCCUUCUCCAGGGUCUAGAUCAGAGUUGCAGGGGCGGAUGUGGCUCUCAUUCAUCAAAGGAUGAGGGGCCAUGGACUGGACUGAGAAAGUCUGGGAUGGUUUGCCCUGGGCCUAGGCUAUACUGUAACCCAAUGGAUAGAGUUGGUGGUUCAGUACUGUGAUUGUGUGGGGCUCAGGUUAAACGCUUUACAAUGCACUUCAGUGGGGGAUCAUAGGCCUCUAAAAGGCUACUCGUUCAGAGGGUGAGCACGAGUAGUACAGCCUAAGGAGUGGCCUCGAUGGAAGAUGAGCUAACUUACUUAUGAUGAGCUAACUUACUUAUGAUGAGCUAACUUACUUAUGAUGAGCUAACUUGCAUUUGGUGAGCUAACUUGCUUAUGGUGAGCUAACUUGCUUAUGAUGAGCUAACUUGCUUAUGAUGAGCUAACUUGCUUAUCAUGAGCUAACUUGCUUAUGAUGAGCUAACUUGCUUAUCAUGAGCUAACUUGCUUAUGAUGAGCUAACUUGCUUAUCAUGAGCUAACUUGCUUGUGAUGAGUUAACUUGCUUGUGAUGCGCUAACUUGCUUGUGAUGAGCUAACUUGCUUAUGGUGAGCUAACUUGCUUAUGGUGAGCUAACUUGCUUAUGAUGAGCUAACUUGCUUAUCAUGAGCUAACUUGCUUAUGAUGAGCUAACUUGCUUAUGAUGAGCUAACUUGCUUAUGAUGAGCUAACUUGCUUAUGAUGAGCUAACUUGCUUAUGAUGAGCUAACUUGCUUAUGAUGAGCUAACUUGCUUGUGAUGAGCUAACUUGCUUAUCAUGAGCUAACUUGCUUGUGAUGAGCUAACUUGCUUAUGAUGCGCUAACUUGCUUAUGAUGCGCUAACUUACUUAUGAUGCGCUAACUUGCCAACAAUGGUAAUGUGUGUUAGGUGAGAAUGCUACGAUCUUGAGGUUUUCAUUCAAAACCUUAGAAACUAUCAUGUCACAAUGAUCUUGUUGCCGAUGAUGACUAAAGCCCUUGGUAAAACACAGGCAUAUAACGCAUGACAGACAGACAGACAGACAGACAGACAGACAGACAGACAGACAGACAGACAGACAGACAGACAGACAGACA